UCAUGUCAAGCCAACAUGUAGUCUCCCUUCCUCACAUGAAGUAUUUACCCCACAGAAGCAACUUCGGAGGUUCAGGUUCUGCAAGAGAGAGAGAUUGAUUGAUUUUGGCAAAGGAAAUGAAGUGUUUCAGUCACGCUUUACCAUGAUACUUGUCUAUAUAGUGGGAAUAGUUAUUCUGGCGCUGUUGGUAACCAUCUUCUUUGGAAGGUUUUUUGCCUGGCUUGUUGAGAUAUUUGCACAAUUUUUCUUACACUUGGAUCUGACACUUGAUACACUUGGUUUAUUUGCUGCAAGUGGCAUCAAGAUAAGAUUAAACAAUGGAUUAAAAAUUGGGAUAGAAAAAAUAUGUCUUCACUGCAAGUGGACAUUGAAUGAUUCAAAGAGGCUGUUUACGGUGGUAUUUAGAAGUGUUGUGAUAGAAGUUAAGAAGGGAAAUGUCAACACCAAUCUUCACCAGCAUCGGGAUCCAUCAACAAGCUCUAGAUCAUCAAGCAAAUUCAUUGCAGUGCAUAAGCAAACAAUAACAAGGCUUCUAAGAAAAUGCUGCCAGUACAUAGGCAUUCAGGUUUCCAGUAUAGAGGUUCUACUUAGUAGCCAACCUUCUGGUUCAAUUACCAAGUGCAGUUUUCCUGAUGGAGUGCAGUUUUAUUCCAAACCUGAGAAUGAUUAGUAAGUUAAAUUUAUUGCUUUUGUCUACUAUUGAUCAAUGGGCUCACAGAAUUCAUUGUAUUCAGCUUGUAUCUAUGCCAUCUAGUGUUGCAGUACCUGACUCGUCAUCAAGCAAAAUGUUACCGGUAACAACAGAUAAUAGAUUGAAAAAGAUAAGAUAAUGGAUGAAUAAGGUCUGCCUACCCCUACCUUCAUGAAAUACGUAAUCUACAUCAACAGCACUUAAGUGUGACAAAAACUGUUGAAGUUGACCAAUCAUAGUAUACAAUUAAAAAGUUUUGUUAAAAAUGCUAACUCCUCUUUGUUUACCUCUUGUGCUUUUUGAUGCUCCCCGUCUAAGCAAAAGCCUGGAACAGGCUACAGAGUAGGACAAAUUUUUAUCCAGUGCUAAAACUGACACUAGAUCUGUUAAUUGAUUUAAAGAAAAACAGCAAUUAAGUUGUUAACUUCUCUGUUUACCUCUUGUCCUUUUUGAUGUGCCCCGUCUAAGCAAAAGCCUGGAACAGGCUACAGAGUAGGACAAAUUUUUAUCCAGUACUAAAACUGAUACUAGAUCUGUUAAUGAAUUUAAAGAAAAACAGCAAUUAAGUUGUUUUGUUUCAAAGAGAAGGUGCUGGAUUAAUUAUGUGAUCAAUAUUUUGUGUUUUUUAAUGAGUGAUAGCUAGCGUAGCAUAGCUAGAAUGAGUUAAUAAUUCACUUGCUCGGCCAGUCAGUCAGUCUUGUUUGUUUCUUGUUUAGGCCGAUAGGUCAUAAACAAUUUUUUGGUGGUAAUUCUGCUGACCAGGGUAUUUCGUGAGUAUUUCACCAACCAUUGUGAACAAAAUGGCUACCAAACCGAAAAACUGAUCUUUUGCGUUUGGAGUUAAACAAAAGCUCCCAAAUUAAAGACUAUUUGCUAUGCAACAAAGGUGGUUGUAUAAUUAGAUCCAUCGAUAGCUUUGACAGUGGCUUUUAACCAAAACUUUGCCAAAAAUCACGUGCAA